AACAAAUUUCAGAAGCACGUGUUGAUAUUUUAACUUUCAAAGAUUUAUUGGGAGAGAUUACUGCAUAUAAAAAAAGAAAAGUGCUUUUGUUGUUUGCAUCUAUGGCAUUUUCACAAUAUCCUAUAAUGCAAUCUCAUUCCAGUAUAUUGGACUUAAUGGAUAUCCUACGAUGUAUUGAAAUCGUUCCAUUGACGUGGACCUCCUUCGAUCGAUGUUUGAAAAGAAAGAGUCAUGCUCCUGCUAGGACAUGCUUAGCACAUAAGAUUGACAAUUUCUUUUCAGAAAUCUAUUAUGUCAUUGCCAUACGUGAUUCUA